AUGUCUGAAAUAAACACUGCUUGUAACUGCAAUUAUAAAUACGAUUUAAAUAUUAAUUUAUCAGAAACAAAUAAUGCACCUUCCUUUGAUCCUGUUGUAAUCAAAGUAAAUUUCGGUGAAGUACGAAUUGGGCAUGAAAAAUCAACCAAAGUUACUAUCUCAAACGAUGGUGAUGUGUUGAAAAAUUACAUUGUUAAACAUAACCCGCACACAUUGUCAGCUUAUCAGUGUUUUCACACCCUGACACGAUCGUUUGAUCUUACUCCCCAUGAGACGACCAAAAUAAGAAUCACGUACAAACCACUGAUAGUAUGGUCGCAGGACCAAAACUUCAUUAGUAUAUUAUGUAAAAGUAGUGAAGAGCAGGAAUUGCACGAAGAGAUUCGUCUGGAGGCCAGUGGAAACUCAAUUGGUCCACAGUUGCAAAUAUCUACCAACAUGGUCAACUUCAACACGUGGCCCCAGAUGCAGUCGAACAAAAAGGCACUAGAGAUACGCAACUUGUCGGCGUUCCCGGUGGAAUUUAAAUUCGACGUCGACGACGCCCCGAUGCCGAUCUUCGAAAUUGUGCCGCACGUUGGCAUAGUCGACGGCAAUCGACAUGUGAUCGUUAACAUCACGUUCCGCGCGACCACGUUCGGCGUGUACAGUCAGCGAUUCUUCUGCAUGAUUCACAACCACCAUCCGCUAAUGGUGGAUUGUUUCGGCGUCUACUGGAAAACCGAACAGCAGCGAGCCGGCAUCAAACACGCCAAGAAUCCAGAAAUUGUCGAAAAUAUUUACGACCGAUACAUGCGAGAUGUGCAGGCAAUCGUGAAGGAGACACCAGCGUUUUCCUUCAAUGAUGCAUAUCUCAACUUCGGCUCGAUUGAUUUCAAGAACGAAAAAGAAAGCACACUGGUCACUACGUUCACGAACCAUCGCCAGCAAGCUGUUAUCGUCAAAUGGUAUCAAGAUGAAGUUUUCAAAGUAACACCUGGUCAAAUCGAAAUUCCAGCGGAAGAAUGUGCUUUAUUUGAGUGCAACUUUCGCCCAUCAAUGAUCGACAAUAUUUACUCGCGCAAUUUACUUUGUAAUAUCUACAACGCUGAGCAGAAAUCAGAAACAAUUUCUACAAUGCCACUAUCAGCAAUAUUAAGAGUUUUAGGACAUUCAUUUAGUGAACAUAACUCUUGGGUACCACAAUUUCAACAUAAUCCUGGAUCUGUAGUUUUGCCGCCGGUCCUGCCUGGUGAUACUUGUUUUACUACUUUGGAAUUGCGAUCCGCUGGUUAUUUGCCGACAAGUUUCAAAUUUAUAUCGCCCACAACUAGUAACUUUUUGUUGAAACCUAUGAUGGGCACUGUGCGAACUUCAACUAUUGUAGUCGUACAACUAGUGAGUUUUCCAAAUGAAAAACCUAAAAUGUACUCUGAGCAGUGGCACAUCUUGCUGAACAAUGACAAGAAUCAUAAAAUACCAAUAUGUCUCAAAGGAUACGCAGCUUAUCCUUCUGUUGAGAUUGGUCAAAAUAACACAAUCAUUAUUAGAGGAGUUCAAGUUGGUUGCGAAGAAGUUGUUUCAGUAUCGAUUCGUAAUACAAGCCAAUUUCAUGUACAUUACGAAUUUAUGACCUGCGAUUUACCUGACGAAGUCAAAAUUCUCACCCCGACGGGUUCACUCACAUCAAAUUCAGCUAACACGAUUAAAGUAUCCUUUAAAAGUUCCGCACGCGUCUGCAAGCAAUUUCCGGUUACCUGUCUAGUGUAUGCCAUCAGGGAGCUGAAGCAAAUCCACGGCUCACCGGCCGAGAUUUGCGUCACGAUCAAUGUGGAGGCUGACCAUUCCGAUUUAUGCAGCCUGCCCUCUCGAUACGAUUUCGGUACGGUUGAGUGUCACCAUAUCUAUUCAAGCGAGUUUUGUUUGUUCAACUAUGGCCACACUACAAUUCACUACGAACUAUCGGUAUAUUGGAGGCACGUUAUGGAGCAUUACGAACAUGCGACAGUAUGGCCCGUAUAUGGUACUCUGGAACCGAAAGCUCAUGUGCAUUGUGGUAUUAAUUUUGGCCCGCAUCAACCCGGAGUGCAUUACGCCCGCGUUUGUUAUAAACUUCGCCCUGAUGCCAACGGUUUGGAGACUGUUGAAAAUACCGAGAAAUUCAUUUACGAAUUUGAGGCGCAAAUUGUUAAUCCCUACAUUCAGAUAAUAGAAAUAGCUGAUCACAAUUUUGGACCUUUGUUUAGUAAGCGCUCGUUGUGGGAAUGCCUCAAUAUAAACUGGUUGAAUCAUGCAUUGGCGGGAGCGCGACACAAUGAUAGCACAAUGUGUAUCGAUUUGAAUCUGCCCGACGCCGAAAUGAAUAACAAAUAUUUUUACGUGACGCUAAUGGCGCGGAACGUGACGCAAUUCGCCGUUCAAGUGUCACUCAAGCGCAAGAAAUUAUGCGACUGCGAGCUGCAAGAAGUUGGCGCCUUUCUGUCAAUUAGACGCCGGGUUUAUCAAUGUCCGCAUCGCCAAAUGUGCAAGUUGUCCAUCAUGGAGGAAACGAUUUCGCCGCUGAGCGUUCAGAGCAUGACGCUGCAAGUUAACUAUUUCUGCGAGGGCGAAACCACGCUGUCGUACUAUUUAUCGAUGAACGAGAAACGAUUCAUUAUAAUGAAUUUUAAACUAAAUGCGAUCGGCGUUGACCAAGCGUGGUUGUCAAAGUACAGUUCUACUUAUUGCAUACUUUUACAACCCAUGUAUCUAAACACAAAACAAGCUAAUUAUUACGUUUACUGGUUUUAUAAUAAUACGAAAACACCUGUGUCAUAUGAAUUAAACGAAUUGGAGUUUAAUCAAAGUAAUAAGAACUACAGAUUUGAAGUUUGGAAGUGCCUCAAUCCAAGCGGAGUUGUAAAAGAAUAUGAAUCACAUCCAUUAUUGAUACAUUAUCAUCCACUCGAAAAGAAGUCAAUAGUUUUACACGUGCCUUUGGCACUUAGCGAUGGGCGCAGAAUUGAGUUGCACAUUCGUGCAAGAGGCACCAGAACAAAUAUUCAAAACAAAAUACCGAAAUUGUAUCUGCCCGCAGCGAUAUGUGCUAACGUGCCAGUGCAUUUAUCGAUGGAUCGCUUACGAAUCCAAGCGUUUCCGGUUUGGAGCUCGACAACACGAAUGAUUUUCAUCACGAACAUGUCAGACGACAUCCUGGGCUAUAAUUGGCUCAAGACCGAAGUGGCAGGACUAUGCAGCGUUGAGGUAAUGGAUCCUAAUCGCGUCCUUCGUCCACACCAGACGGAUGUGAUUGUUGUGCGGGUGAAAUCAUACGGUGUGGCGUGCUCAACUCGCGUCCAUUUGCCAUGUCAAUUAAUCAGCCACACGAAAUAUUUGCAACACCAGAAAUCUCUAAAGGAUUACCAACGAAGACAACAAGAGAUUCAAGAUGAAUUUAUUAUCACCGAUAAAGGCAUUACGUAUCCGGAAAAUGAAGUGAUGAUAUUACCAGAAGCAAAGAGUUUUUACACAACGCUGGCGUUGGAAUUAGAAAUCAAAAGUUUUGUUGAUCGUGAUGCUUUUUACUCACCCGAAGAGCAAUUCAUUCUAGAACCCCAAAGUAUAUUCCCGGCAAGCAUUGAUACACUCCCUCACAAACAAAAGCAACCAUCAAUUGCGUUUCUUUCUAAACCAAACAAUGACAAAUCGCAAUCAUCAAGUAUAUCAUUCAAUGACGACUUGUACGUUGAAAAGAAUUCUGAUGAGUUUGAUCCGAACAUUGAUAACGUAGAAUUUUAUCGACAGGUUAUAGAAGCUUUACUUGCUGACGCCAUCUUUUCGAAUCGAUUUCGCGCUGUCCUGGACGUACAAAAACGUGCGGCACCCAUAUAUUACAGUCAAAUCCGACCACAAAAAGACUUACCGACAGAUAUUGAGAAACACCUUGAUGACAUGUACAACGAACCGCAAAUGCCAGUGGUGAAAGACGUCAUGCAUACUAUGUUGCUGAAAAGUUUUGAUGAGAUAUUCGGCCUCAAGACGAAGUUACACGAGAAGGUUAUCGACUACAAUCGGGAAGUAGACCUACCUGCCCUGCCGUAAACAAAAUAAGCGAAGCAAAAUAUACAGUUUAAAUUUAUACAACAAUAUUAUAACCGUCAAUUAUUAUUAACUAAUAAAUGGAUCCGCAAUC